CGGACUCGCCGCUCUCGCCACCCAGCUAGCUUCUUCCAGUCCCACGGCGACUACUGCCAUUGGAACCCCCGGUAGCUGCUUGCUUUAUUUAAUCACCUUUUUUCGAACGCCCCCACACGCGCGCACGCUAGAGUGGAAAACGGAGUCAAAAACCCCCCGCCGCCUCCCUAUAUAUACGCUCUCGCCGCCCGCUGUCUCUCUCGCUCGUCUCGUCUCCCCCCAGCAGCCUUCCUUCUACUCGGUCGGUCGGUCUGUCACUCACCUCCUGCUGCGGCCUCAACGUGCCCACGGGACGCGGUGGGCCGGAGCUGACGGGCGGAUGGGAGCUGCCGCGCCGCCCGCGCCGCGGCGGCCGGGCGGGCCGGCGGAGGUGACGGAGCUGGAGCUGCGCAUCCAGCUGCUGGGCGGCGGCGUUGCCGGCUACAACAUCAACGACAACGCGGACCUGCUGGCGGAGAUCCUGGCGCGCCUGGACGGGCGCUCGCUGGCGGCGGCCGCCUGCGUGUGCCGGCUCUGGGCCGCCGUGGCGCGCCGCGACGCCGUCUGGGAGGUGCUCUGCCUCCGCCACGUCGUCGGCCCGGCGCCGCCGGCCGGCCCCGCCACGCGCGCCGUCGUCGCCGCGCUCGGCGGGUACCGCCGCCUCUACCGCCUGUGCCUGGGCCCGGCGCUGGACCGGCUCGGCCGCGCGGGCGGGGGCGCGCUGGCGCAGGCCCAGGCGGCGGAGUCGCGCGCUCACCACCUGUCGCUCUCCCUCUCCCUCUCGCUCUUCUCCAUCGACUGCUACGAGCGCCUCGGCGUCGGCGCCGGGGGCGCCGGCGCGGCCGCCGGGAGGCAGCAGCCGCCGCCGCCGCCGUCGUCGCUGCUGUUCCUCUGCAAGCCCGUCGACGUGUCGUGAUGGCAUUCAGCGCCGCCCGGCCGGGCGGGCACGAGGAGCGGCCGCCGCUGUCGCUCGCCAAACUAAAGCCAUCCCCCGGGCGUCCGUCCCACCGGGUCCAUGUCGCGUCGCGUCCUUGGCCUACGCUGCCUAGCCAACCUUCCUCCACGUCCGAGCGUCCGCCGCCUGACACGAUUAUAUUAAUUAUUAUUAGUUUGAUUAUUAUUAUUGUUAGCACGGACGAACGAGCGAAGAAUAAGCAAGCAAAGCUAGGAGCUGUUGAGUGAAUCCAAGCUGUAGUCCUCCACCAGAGGGGCAUAUUAAACUAAAUUUUGCCACGGAAAUAAUGAUUCUUUCUCUGCUUUGUGUUA